AGAGAAGAAAACACGAAGAGGGCCACGUCACCCACCACAGCUUUGAAACCUGGAACUGUUUAAGUGGGCAAGUGAAGGUGUUGGUGUCUUGGUAUUGGUAUUGGGGUGUUGCUGUCGUGUAGCAAUAACUAGAGAACAUCAUCGUGUUAAUCUCAUUAACGUUAAUGUUGUCGUCAUUGUGUUGGUAAAUCGUAAUAUUGACCUUUCCUUGUUCCUCCUUCCCUCUUUAGCUAUUUCCAUCCAAAGUCCAAGUUGAACAGAACACCGCACUGUCCUACCUAGGAUAGCACAUUAAUUAAGACCAAUAUUUAACACCUAUUUUCUCUCUUAUCCUCUCACCUUCUUUCGCUCUUUCCGGGUUUUCAAUGGAUUUUCGUCAUGGACUUCCGGUGACUGGCCCAAUCUCUUCCACUCCUCUAAGGUGACCAUGAUAUUUUUUCUGAAUCUGAUAAUUGAACUGGGGAAGUCAAAUAGAAUAUUGAAUAUUUCGCCCUCAAGCCAUGGCUAGACCACGCCUUAGUUCUAGACGAAAACUUCCCAUGUUCCUCUGUGUCUUACUUCUAUUACUGGUGCCAAUUUGUGUGAUUGGAAUUUUUAUCCAUGGCCAAAAGAUUUCCUAUUUCUUCAGACCCCUUUGGGACAAUCCCCCUACUCCCUUCAUGAGGAUACCUCACUAUUAUGCAGAAAAUGUCUCCAUGGACCACCUUUGUCGUCUCCAUGGCUGGUCCCUUCGCUUCCAACCUCGUCGCAUCUUUGAUGCCAUUAUCUUCAGCAACGAGUUAGACAUGCUAGAUAUUAGAUGGCACGAACUUUAUCCUUACGUGUCAAAAUUUGUGAUCCUAGAGUCCAAUACCACAUUUACAGGCAUUCCAAAACCUCUCUUAUUUUCCUUAAACCAGGCAAGAUUUACCUUUGCCGAACAAAAGAUUGCCCAUGAAAUUUAUCCUGGCAAAGUUGCAGUCCCUGGAUCACACGAGGACCCAUUUGUGCUUGAGUCAAACCAACGCGGGGCUAUGAACUCUCUGUUACACCGCGCAGGGAUUUCCAAUGGUGACAUUCUUCUCAUGUCAGAUACAGAUGAAAUUCCAAGCCUUCAAACUUUGAAACUGCUGCAAUGGUGUGAUGGGAUUCCUCCCAUAAUGCAUCUUGAACUGAGGCACUACAUGUACUCAUUUGAGUUCCCUGUGGACUACAGCAGCUGGCGAGCCACAGCCCACAUCUAUGGUCCCCGGACAACCUACCGGCACUCACGGCAGACAAAUUUAAUCUUGUCAGAUGCAGGGUGGCACUGCAGCUUUUGCUUUCGGAAUCUUUCAGAAUUUGUGUUCAAAAUGACAGCCUAUAGCCAUGCAGACCGUGUGAAACGUAAAUCUUUUCUAAGUCAUUCAAGAAUUCAAAAUAUUAUUUGCAAGGGAGAUGAUCUUUAUGAUAUGCUCCCUGAAGAAUACUCUUUCCAGGAGUUGAUUAAAAAAAUGGGGUCAAUACCCCGUUCAGCGUCUGCAGUCCAUCUUCCAGCUUAUUUGAUAGAGAAUGCAGAUAAAUUUAAGUUCCUUCUUCCUGGAGGUUGCUUAAGAACGCAAUAAUAAAUGCUCUUUUUUUUCUCCUAUUCAAGAAGGAUUUUAGUUAGCAUUAAGCACAGUAACACUUAACUUAGAUUUCCCAGUUUCCAGCAUAGGCCUUAGCCUGAGAUUUUGUUAGGAUUUUAUUACAUGGCAUUAAGCCCCGUGAUUUUGUCAUGUUCUUGAAUAUGAAGAAGGUGGUGUAAAUUGUACGGAAAAGCAUACAUACGCAGAUAACACAGGCAGAGUACAUUUUGUAGCUCUAUAACUCAUCCCACUCGUGUGUUCUCUUGUAGCAUGUGAAGAGAAUGGGAAAGUGAAGAGAGAACUAGGAAUGUGGGGUUUCAGAAAACAGAAGAAAUGAUUAUUUUUUUCAACAUAAAUAAUAAUAAUAAUAAUAAUAAUAACACGUU